GCACCUUUGCGCCUUGGUCUAAAGAUAGCAUGCCAAUUGUGCGCCAGCUAAUCCUGAUCAAUUUCUACAAAAGCGAACCGUUGUAUAUCAUUUGCAGCCGGAAAUGAACGACAAAAUCAGAUCGCGAAUCACAGAGUUGGAGAGCGUCGCAAAGCAGAUCACCAGUGCCCAAAAGGAAACUCGUCGAACUUCGAUUGCGAGAAACCGAGCUACGAAAAGACUUGGGAAUCUUGUUUUCUGAGAGAAUACAUGACAAAACUCUGCUGUCCCAUCUUCAUGUCAGUCGAGAUUUGAGUAAUCUGAUUGAGCGUUACAACGAGAUCAGCGCUUUCAAAAAGACCUGUCGCUGAUUCCGCCGCCCAAAGGAUUUCACGAAUUCUAGAGAACUCGGCAUUUGCUGUCCUCUCUGACAGAAGUCAGCUUGCCUCUACAUGAUGUAGAGUUUCAAGGUGGUAAACACAAACAUAUAUUUCGCUAUUUGGUAGGAACCACCGGACCUUUGUGCGAUUGGAUCGAUUUCAACGUGGUAGAGAAAGAGCUGGCAGUUCAAAAUUGCAUUCUUCAGCUGUCCAGCAUGUUCGACGCUAACUAUAUUGGCGGAAAAAGUGGAGACAUGUACGAAUGCCGAGUGUGUAUGGUCUCCAAUGUUCAAAUGGUUGCUCUCACCGUUUGUGGGCACGUGAUAUGCGAAGCUUGCAGCAAAAGGCUCGAUCGCUGUCCCGUCUGCAAAAAAUGGUUGGGAUCGACCUUCACGGAGCGCACAAACGUUGCGAAGAAAAUUUACUUGUAGUUUUAGUCGCCGGCGGUGCGGGGUCAUGUGGGGUACGCCAAUGGGAACGCCAAUGGGAACGCCAAAUGCUCUUAACUCAGUCCCGUCACAUAUCAAAAAUCAGACCGCCCGCGCAGGUCGCGGUGGGGAAGAUAAUCGAUGUUUCCGGGAGGGGCGUUCAGGAGAGGGCAAUCUGUAAAGCGCAGGCCCAGCGACCAUAGAGAGCCAAAACAAACGAGAAAGGGGCCGUAACCCUUCACUCCGCCCGUCACCGCAUAGCAUGGUAUUGCCAUGCGUUUAACAAUCCUUCAUACAAAACCGCGGCCAACAUGUCAUUCACCCCGUCAUUGGAUUUCUUCCGGACGCGUUAUUAUUCGUCCGAGUCGUCUUCAGUCUUAAUUAGACUCCUACACAUUCUAUCCUGUGACAUAAUAUCUAUUAGCCAUCUAUCGG